CGCACCAAGAGCUCUGCUUCCCAACCGAUCAUGUAACCACGAUUGCUCUAGGGAAACAAUCAAAUGCUUCGUUAAAGCACCCCUCUCAUGGACUAUGAACCUGAGAAUGCUUCCGUUAUCACUUCUUUCAAUAUCUAAAUAAUACAGAUACAUCCAAUAAUGGCCACCACUACGCCUGAUGCGUCCUUGAAAACACGAGAGGAAGUCUUAGACAGCGUCGUCUCCCUUGCGAGGCUCUUCAGCACCACCGUCGAAGCGUUCGGCAAAAUCCAUCCUAGGGAAUUGAAUCACAACCAGCAAAUCGCUCUCACAUGCCUUGGGAUCGAACAAGGCCGACUCUUGAUCUGGGGCAAUGCAGUGGGAAUUUCAUCCCCUCCCGCAACCAUUGCGAAGCAUAUGAUCCCGUCCCGCCCGGGAGACUUCAAUCCUGAUCCCACGGCCCCCGUCAAUUUCAUCCCUCGCGAUCCACGGCUGGAUGACCCCGACGUGCGAACCACGGUCGAAACAUGUCUCCGCGAUCUCGUCGACCGGCCCGCCCAUCUUCCCCGGGUGGAAAUGAUGCGCGCCUUUGGCCUCAAGCAACCCCGACCCAACAGCCAAACCGCUGCCCCCAAAACCCUCGACCACAACCGGCUCGAAGGAUUCCGCGAGCAGUUCUCCAUCCUGUGCGACCUCGUGGAUGAACCGGCCUCUGAACGCCGACGCAUGUCCAUAAUCAUGGACGAUUGGAUCAUCCACAACGCGCAGCAGUUCAGCACAUUCGUGCAGUUCGCCCGCGAGCACGUCGAUACCCUGAUCGCGUUAAUGGACGUCCAGGCGCAAGUUGACAAGGUACGAUCAUCGGACGCGACAAGGCGAAGCUCAACCUGAUCCGCGAGGCGUGUGCGGACUCAUAUCCGGACUACACCCGCGCUGCAAAGGCCGCCCUGGCACACAUCAGCAAGCCCCCCCCUUCCG